CAAGAACACUGCGACUCCUCAAGCUCUCUCCAAGAAAAUGGCUUUGCUACUGCCCACAAAAUGGAAAAACAGCUUACCAAUAUUUUCAAAUCUCAAAGCUCAAACCUUUCGAUCAGACGCAGCUUUAAACUUAAUAUCAAACUCAAACCAACAACAAAAUAUCCAAACUUUAAUACUAUACAACUACCCAUCUUUCUCAGGAGCUUUCUCAGCUUUAUUUGCUCAUCUUUUUCAUGCCCAUCUCAAUCUCCCUUGUCUUACAUUACCCUUCUCCUCAGUUCACCCUUUCAGGGUUCAAGAUUUUUUGUUUGAAGGACUUGAAAGAUGUUAUCUUUUGGAUUUUCUUGGUCCUCCAGGCUUUGCUGAUUUGCUUUCAAAGCAAACUAAUUGCAAGAUAAUUGGGUUUGAUCAUAGAAAAUUAGCACUUUCAAGAAUUUCUUCUGUGAAAGAGUACUCAGAGCUAGUCACAUUUCAUGUUGAUGUUGAGAAGAGUACUUCUAGUGCUGUGUAUGAGUAUUUCUCUGACAAGCUUGUGCGUAUGAGUUCUUCUAAUGAGGGAGCUGCUAGAUUGUUGAAUCCAGAAGACCAAGACCGUGUUGAAAUGAUUCUUAAGUACAUUGAAGAUGUAGAUCUUCAACGACGGAGUUUACCGGAUAUUAGAAGUUUUGAAAUUGGAUUGAGUGAAUGGCGCUCAAAGCUCAAUUGUAUUACUAAUCCAUUUAUUUUUGAAGAGUUAUUGGAUAUAAGCUCCAUGGACUUAAUUGCCAAGGGGAAUUCGUAUAUAUCUGCUCGUCAGAUUGCUGCAAGCAAGUUGUUGGAUAAAGUUUUUAAAGUUCGGUUGGGUAGAGGAUUAUACGGGGAGUGCCUGGGGGUCACAGCCGAUGGCAAUUCUAACUUAAGCGAUGAAAUUGGCAGACAGCUCAGUGUAAAAAGUGCUGAAGCUGGUCUAAGGCCCAUAGGAGCUGUUGUCUACAUGCUAAGAAAUAAUCUAAAGAUGGCCUUGAGGAGUACAGAUAGUGCUGCUGAUACUUCAGAAGUUGCAAAGGCAUACGGUGGAGGUGGCUCAGCUAGUUCUAGCUCUUUUAUUAUUCGGAUGGAUGAGUAUAAUCAGUGGCUUUCAGGCAGUACAUCAUAACCGCAUCAAGUUAUGAUGCUGAUCGGAAGGGUGAAGCAGAAUGCCAUUGCGCUGGCAAAGAUAAGUCCCCACCACGGCAGUUGAACUUGAUCUUUCAAAAAUAUGCAGAGAACAAGCGAAACUGCAAGUGACAAAGCCAGCAACACGUAAAACCACCAAGAAGGUAUAUCGUCGUAAUUUUUCAUCAACCUGGUAUGAAUAUCCUCCUUGCCCUUGGAAGAAGCACGAUAGCGCUCGAUUAUCUCCCUGUGGAUUAAAGUUUCUUAUAUUAGCAUAUGACAGUGUGUGCAUAAAAAUUUCUCGGUCAGAAAGUGCUACUGAGAAAUGAAAUGCUUGUAUUGUUUUACCUUCCAUAGAAUAACGCAACAUGCGUAAGCGUAGACGCAAUGGUUGCAAAACCGAACCCGUAAGUAAGAGCAAAAAAUGUGCUUAAAUGAAUUCUUCCUUGCUCCUCAUACUUUGGCAGAUCAAGCUCAAAUUCGUCAUUUACAAUAGCUGAUAUGUUAUACUUCUGACCCUGAGCCGUAAACAAAUGCGAGGAGAAUAUCGGGUAUCUCUUCGCGUUAUACAAGUCGAGGCCCCAAUAAGCAACAGGAUUAGCAAUGUAGACUAUAAGGAGAUAGCCAACGAGAACAUUAACAAUGGCGAAGAAAGGGCUAAUGAGUGGACUGAAUAAGAAUGACGCUACGGCAGACCAGUCGAGUGUAAAAGCUCCGAGACCAAGGCCUCUCAUGCCAGAACCGAGCUGCUGUGCCGUUACGGACUUUGAGAACACCCAGCAGAUCCAUGAAAUGCUUGUGAGUGUUGUGAAUAGGUAACCGGGAACUACGUACCAGAUAAAACUGCAAGUUAGUGCAAUGACGAAGAACUUGGCUCGUGUUGUUCCUUGACUUUUAUCGUCUUUUUCGUGUAAUGCCCUGCAAAUCAUACCAGAGAGUUUAUGCAAAGUGUUGAUCAUUAUUUUAUGUGUGCUGAUAAAAUGGUGAUAAGGUCUUUUUAGAUCGAGUGUUUUAUUGUUUACAUUGCUGAAAGUGCAACAUGAACUUGCAACUAAUCACAAGUAAUUUUUACAUUUCA